AUGAGAUUUAGGCCAAUAAUCUACCUAAGUGUGUACGCAUGUUUGAUUCUUAUCCUAAGUCACCAGUCACGAUGUAUUGUGACCAUUAAGGAGAAUGGAUACGCAGGUGUUGUUGUAGCUAUAUCAGAAAACAUUGUUGAGAGUGAUUAUCCGACAUUAGUGUCAGAUUUGAUACAAAAUUUUAUUAAUGCUUCCAGUUAUUUAUAUACAGCUACUCGAAACAGAGCAUUUUUUAAAAAUGUUACAAUUUUGAUACCUGCGACGUGGCAAGAUAAGGUUACGUAUCAAGCAGCUACAAGUCAAUCAUUUGACUCCGCAGAUUUUCGUAUCGAUUUAGUCCCUGGUCACACAAGAGCGACAACAGUUGGAGUUCCGGGAUGCGGAAUGAGUGGGCAGUAUAUUUUAAUUCCACCACAGCGAUUUCAACAAGUGAAAGCACCUCCAUAUCGAAUGAUAGUUCAUGAAUGGGCUCACUACCGCUAUGGAGUUUUCGAUGAAUAUGCGGUAUCCCCAAGUCAGCUGGGAUUUAUUGAUGGCCAAGGUAAUAUUAAUGAGAACAAAUGUACGGCGCAAAUUGAAGGAGGGAUCAUCGAUAUAAUUACCGGAAAAAAAUGUAAUUAUCCGUACGGGUCUAAUUGCGUUUAUUCUGUUACCAAUGGCAAAGGUUCAAAAGGAUCAAUUAUGUUCGAUCAAAAUAUCGAUUCGGUCAAUACUUUUUGCGAUACUGACAAUUCCAAUCCAUUGACUUACCAUAACGCCUUUGCUUUGAAUAAUCAAAAUUUAUAUUGCCUCUUCCAAAGUACGUGGACAGUGAUAAUGCGUCACCAAGAUUUCACGAAUAACAAUAAUCCGGCUAGACAAAUCGAUAUCACUGUACCAAAUAUUAGAAUAGUACGUCGAAAGGAUAUCCGUACUGUUUUGGUUUUGGAUACUUCCGGCAGCAUGCAGGGUGUGCGCUUACAACAAAUGCGACUAGCGACCACUAAUUUUAUAUUAAAUUCAGCAGUCGAGGGCGAAUUCUUAGGCAUUGUUUCCUUUAAUUCAAGAACCACAAUAAUGAGCUCGUUAACUAAAAUUGUCGAUCAAAAUGUCAAAAAUAAUUUAAUUGCUCAAAUUCCAAGUGCAGCCGUCGGCUUAACAUCAGUUGGUGGUGGAUUACUAUCGGCUCUAAAUAUGUUGAAGAGUUCAGUAAAUCAAUCAUUUCCAUGUGGUGGUAGAAUGAUUGUCUUGAGUGAUGGAGAAGAGAACGUGGGGCCAUACAUUAGUUCGGUUAUCAACGAUUUAGUUUCUAAUCAAAUUAUCGUACACACCGUAUCAUUAGGCUCCUCCGCUUCUGAAAGACUGCAAAAUGUCUCCUAUUCUACUGGUGGAAAAGCGAUUUACGCUCCAUCAGGAGAUAUUGCAACCCUUAACAGCGCUUUUUUGUCGAUAUCACAGCAAAAUGCUGCUGGUGAUGGAUCACAGGCGGAAAAUAUUUUGCAGGCAAGUUUUGAAAUAAUGGUUCAAAGCGAAAGCUUACAACUUUCUGCCUUUGGAAUUUAUUACGGAAAUGUUUACAUCGAUGAGUCUAUUGGAAACGAUACCGCUAUCACUAUUCUAUGGGAUGUUCAGCCAACUACUUUAGUCGUUACAUCACCUAGUGGUGAUGAUUAUAAUACAUCAUCACAGACUGGAAUUUGGCGUUAUAAAAUUCAAGCCGGCGGAAACCAAAAGCGUUCAAUUCAAACUAUUGCAAUUUCGGUUACAAGCCGGCCAUCGACAUCUAGCAAAUCUAGCAAUCCAUUAACUAGCCCUGUUACAGCGAGCAUUAAAAUUGAUCAAGCAAGUAUCACUUACCCACAACCGGUAUUGAUCAGUGUUAACGUUCAGAAAAAUUAUUUUGCAGUAUUAAAUGCAUCGGUUUAUGUAAGUAUUAUCCCACCUAGCAAGACGACAUCCGAAGUAAUUACAUUAAAUGAUCAAGGAGCAGGCGCCGAUUUAGUUAAAAAUGAUGGGAUCUAUUCUGGCUACUACACUAAUUUUAUUAGUAAUGGCCGUUACAGUGUCCAAGCUCGAGUUAACGCUAGCCAAGAUCAAGCUUAUAUUCUGACGGCUCAGCUAAUCGGAAUUCAGGAUAAUCAAGAUGGCAGCAAUACAACUUCAAAUCAAUUGAUUCAUUUACCUUCUUUUACACGAGUUACGUCCGGUAAUCUAUUUCAAGUCACUAAUUAUGUUCAAGGUAUAGAUAAGAUUCCACCUGCGAGAGUUCACGAUUUGCAAGCGAAUACGGCCAAUGUAAUCAAUUUUACUAUGUUAUUAACUUGGACAGCGCCUGGAGAUAAUAUGGAUACUGGUCGAGCUUCAAGAUAUGAAAUUCGCUAUAGUCUGAAUUAUACUAUUUUUACCAGUAACUUUUCUUCCGGCCAGCUGGUUACUUCGGAUUUUAUCGUGAACAGUGGCAAUUCAAUGCGUCCUCGUCUACCUGGUAUUUUGGAAGAAUUACAAGUUGCUAUACCUAAUGCGAAAGUUAAUGAAACGUAUUCAUUUGCCUUGAUAACAUACGAUAACAGUGCCAACGUAGCCCAAGUCUCUAAUUAUGCCCUUGCUACAUUUACUAAAAUCACAACUCCGCCGCAAAUUAAUUCUGACCUUAUCAUUAAUAUUAGUGUUGGUAUAGGAUGUGGCAUAGUAGGGAUUAUUUUGUUAACUGUUAUUGGCAUUUUUCUAGUUCGAAAGUAUUCUACGGGAAAAUCAACUAAAAUUGCCGUAAUUAGCCUUCAGGCCUAA